UCCCAGGGAGAGGGGGAGUGGGCGGGGUGGUGUUAUAGCGGUAGACCAGCGUUUCUGCUGCUACGCCGGAGCAGUCCUAUAUUUGCUGCUCUGCCUCUCUCGGUCUCCUGCCGUGUCGGACCUCACCCGGGCGGCAGUCAUUCGGUGGCCAGCGAUCAGAGUGAUCGUCGACUGCGGGGGGCGACGAUGCCGGUCUUAUGGGACAGCUUCUCCUCUACGCUGCCUCCCAUUCCGGAGCAAAGAGAGAACCAGCCUUCCUUCGCUUGGGAGGAGAGCGCCUACCAAGACGUCGCCAGUCGGGCAGCUGGGCUGGAGAGCUCGGAUUGCGAGUCUCUGGAUAGCAGCUUGAGCUCCGAAGGAGAUUCACCGGAGUACCUGGAUGAAGUCUCCUUGCCGGACUUUGACUUGCUGAACGAUCCCGGGGAUGAGCUCCUGUGUGCCAACCUGAUGAAGCUCAUCCAGCUCAGCUUGAACAAAGCAAAGAUCCACUCCGGCCGCUCCUGCAAGCUCCUCAUGCCGAACCAGCUGGUCACCCAAGUGGGCAAGGAGCUGCUUCACUUGGCCUACAGAGAGCCCUGUGGCUUGAGGGGGGCUCUCAUUGACCUGUGUGUGGAACAAGGGAAGGGGUGCCAUAGUGUGGGGCAGAUUGCUGUGGACCCCAGCCUAGUGCCUACCUUCCAGCUGACGCUUAUUUUGAGACUGGAUUCCCGCCUGUGGCCUAAGAUCCAGGGACUCUUUAGCUCUGGCUCUGCUUUCUCUCCUGGCUUCAGUCAGUCCCUGAAGCUCAGCACGGGCUUCAGGGUCAUUAAAAAGAAGCUCUAUAGCUCUGAACAGUUGCUUAUAGAGGAGUGUUGAAGUUUGUCACCAAUUGCUCCUGGAAGGAUGUAACUUGAGCAUUUAACUCUCCUUAAAAGAUGGUGGCCAGCACCGAACAAAACUGGGAAGGCAUCUUACUUAAAGGGCUGUGGAACAUAAAGCUGGGUUUUUGAGAUGUGGCUCCACAGCCACCGUAGGUUAGAUUAGACAGAAGUUUGAUUUACAGAGGUAGUAGGCAAGUAGUCAAAAGAAGGCAAGACUUGAGAAUAAAAACUGCACUCUUUCUGCUUUGUAGUAAUUCUGACAGAAAAAAAAGUCCACUCUUGACUAGGCCUGGACACACUGUGCUAGCUUUAAGACUCUUGUCUGAUUAUGGGACAGUUUUCUCUUGACUGACUUAAAGAAGUACUUUUCCUGACAGCUGAUGUCAUAACAGCAGCAGGGCUGCCAACUAAGGGCACAUGAAGGUUGCCCUUUUUUUUUUUUGGUAAGCUGUUUUUUUUUAGGAAGAUAGCAGUAGCUAGUAAUCAAUGGAUAUCUAUGGGUGUGAGGUGAAUGACUUAAGUGUUAAGGUCUAAAGGGACCAAGAAUGCGUAACAUUGUCCUGACUAGAUGGACCUGAAGAAGCUCCACUACUGACACGAGGGCAGCUACAAUAGGGCAGCUAAAUAAGGACUUCUGGAGUGAACGGAGGUGUCAAUCCACUGUGUGCCAUCAUACUGUUCUGUUCAUUGGUUUGAAUGAAGCCUGUGUGGGGGGCACAGAGCACUAAGUGGAUUGUGCCCCAUAUCUGAGUAGGAAUCAUGGCUAUGUGUGUCUGAGGGGAGGUGUGAGGGGAUGCAGGGAGGGGUUGGGGUGGGGGGCAGGAACCCUCGCGGUCCAUCUGUAGCGCUUCCAUUGAUUAUGCCGUUCACUUGGCGUACACUUGAUCAAGGUGUGUUUUUUUGAAGACUUCCUAUGCAACUUGUUUGUGGUUUUUGUACUUUUCUAAUAAAAAUAUUUCUAAUA